UGAGGGGCGGGGAAAGUGUGAGCGCAUGCGUAGGCUCAUGCUCCGACGGGACCUAUUUUUUCCCAGCGGCGGCUGCUCCUUUUACCCCCUUUAAAGUGACCCUGGAUGCUCCUUCUCGGGCCCAGAUUCCUUUAUGAACACUUUGGGCUUCACUCACCUUCCAGGCUCACUGAGCAGACUUAGCGCAGGGCUAUGGAGGCUCUGGCAGUGGAAGAAGCCUUCAUUUUUAUUUCCCAGGACAGGAGCUUCUGGGCCCCAGGUGGCAGGCAAGACAGAUUCCCACGUCCUCCUUCCUCUGAACGAAACCGACUUGGAAGAGCAGUUUGUGAGAGGGCACGGUCCUGGCGGCCAGGCAACCAACAAAACAAGCAAUUGUGUGGUGCUGAAGCAUGUCCCGUCUGGCAUCGUGGUCAAGUGCCAUCAGACAAGAUCGGUUGAUCAAAAUCGAAAGCUGGCAAGAGAGAUUCUGCAAGGAAAAGUGGAUCUCUUCUACAGAGGAGAAGACAGUCACAUUUACAAAGUCAAAAAGGAGGCAGAGAAAAAUAAGAGAGAAAGGAAAAAAAAGGCAAAGGAAACCCUAGAGAAGAAGAGACUGUUAAAGGAGUUAAUGUUAAAGGAGCUGAGGCCUGAGGUCCCAUUGCCGAGAGAGGAGUGAUGCCGCCGGGGGCAGGGGCCGCUGCCAGUCAGUGGCACAAAGGCUGGGCCACGAAGCAUCAUGACUGCCUCCACAGUCAGCACCCUCCCAGGGGCUUCCAAUAAACGUUUGUGGAUAAAUUCC